GGCUGGCUGACACGUGUUCUCAUCUUUUUUAAGUUCUCAGUUUUAAAACAGCCUCACAGUUUUGAUUAAAAACGAAAAAUGGAGUCUUGAGUCCAGUUUGAUUUCUAGACAGAAGUAUUUUUUUUCCAAGCUGGAGAUCACAAUUGGUAUGACUCUUGCAAUUUAAAAAAUACCUUUUCUUAGUCCUUGACUUUUUUCCAUCUUAAUUUUGGCUUUAUUUUUUGUGAUACAACUAGAAUCUAACAAAGGGUGUAAUAUUUUUAGUAACUCCAAAUGGCUGGGUCAGGGAAAGGAAGAGGACGUGCUGCAUUUACUUUCAACGUCGAGGCUAUUGGCUUUGCCAAAGGUGAAACGCUACCUGAAGUAGCAUUCAAGCCCCCUCCACUGUUUCCUCCAACGGAUUUUAAGCCAGUGCCUCUGAAAAUGGGAGAGGAAGAGGAUUAUAUGUUGGCCUUAAAGCAAGAAUUUAGAGCAAGUAUGAAAAAAAUGCCUUAUUUUAUGCGAAAAGAAGAUGAAAAUCAAGGAAUUGAAAAAUAUAGUAAAAAGUACCUGCAGAUGAGAAAAGAAUCCAUGGAAUGGACCCCAGAUUGGAGAAGACUCCCAAGAGAGAUGAAGCCAAGGAAAAAGACCAAAAAAGCAGGUGGAAAAACGAAAAAGGCAAAAGUUGCCACACCCAAAAGUAAUGUGGACGUGUUGAAAAAAAUUGAGGAGUUGGAAAAGAAAGGUGAUGAAGAAAAAUCUGAUGAGGAAAAGGAGAAAGAAAAAGACAAAGAGGGUGGUGAAGAAGAAGAAGAAGAAGAAGCAGCAAAUGAACAAGAAGAAUAUGAUGAAGAGGAACAUGAAGAGGAAAACGACUACAUUGCUUCAUAUUUUGAAGAUGGUGAUGACUUUGGUGCUGGCAGUGACGACAAUAUGGAUGAAGCAACCUAUUAGUUAUUUGUAUUAGAUUGUGUCGUACCCUGGCCUUCUAAUACAUCCACUAAACCAUUUGGACCUAGUUGUAGGUGGGCUGAGCACCUGCAACUCUUGAUGCGGCUACUUGGAGUUGGAGCGCUGAGUUCACCCUCAGAUGAAAGGGCAUUUCUUUUCUGAUUUAUUUAAUGGGGUUGAAAAAUGGGAGACCUCGCUGCCAUAUUCUGUUCUUCCCAAAUGCUUUGGAGACAGAUAUUUAUCACUGCAAGGUUCUCUAGAACUCCCCGAUACGGAGUACUAUAUAUGCCUUUGUAUUGCCUCUGCUGCACUGGAAAAGAAUAUGCAUUUUGACUGAAUUGUGCCUAAGCAUUUGCACUUCACCAUUCUAUGCAUGAGUGGAAUCAAAUCCUGUUCCAGAUUUGAAGUCAUACUUCAGAGGAUACUGAAGUCAGUAGC